AUGGCGCCAGUCGCCAAUAUUCCCAAAGCGACGAACCACGGCGGGAACGGUAAUCAUGUGCUCGUGUUUGAUGAAGAAGUGAACAUCCAGGCAAAUGUGCUGCACUACGUCUCGUAUUCGGAUGUGGUCUUCUACUACGGCAUUCGUGGUGCACUGCUGCGGUGUACGGUUCAGACCGGGACAAAGUAUGCAUUGUACUGGCUGAAGGACAACGAGUACUUGCUGAUACUGGAGCCAUACGACACCUCCACAGUGGCGGGCAUAAGCGGAUUAGGCGGCGGCCUGCUCUCAACGCCAUUUGCCAAGGUGGCAAUAGUGCGGCAGGCCGAUCUAACCCGCCGUCCCUUCUUGCAGCGCAAUUAUAGAGACCCCUGGAAGGCUCUCAAGUGCAUGUAUGGUAAGGGUGGAAUGUCCUUCCUCUUCAGUGGAUGCGAGCUGCAUGCUUUCACCACCGGAGCGGUGGCAGCGCUCUACGCACCUGUACACGAUUGGGUGUCGGAUAUGCUUUUGAAACUCCACAGAAUUCGUGAUGAGGAUUGGGUCAUCGAUCUGAUGGCAAUGACGAUAACGAGCAGCAUCAUAUCAUUAAUCCUGACGCCAGUAGAAGCGGUAAAAACGGUGGUCAUGAAUUCUUGCUACAAGAAGUUCCCCUCGAAGACGCAUCUCUGCCUCAAAAUCAUUUAG